UUGCUCAAGACAAACGAAAAUGACAUAAUUUGGGAUAUACAUAUAAAAACACUUCUAACAAUAUUUAAUAGAUGACAAAAAGCUCAAUAAAAGGACUAAGCACAGCAGCACACCAGUGGGCCAUUCCUUUGGAAAGGCUCUGAAGCUGUGCACGCGGGAUCGGCAGGUCGGCUGAGUGGUACAUUAGCAUCUGCAGUGUUCUAGUUUGCUCAAAACAGAAAGUUACACCAAAGACAUCUUUAGCCCAGAUGAUGGGCUAACUGAAAAUCUUUCCUUGCUUGUUCUGGGAAUCAGAUGGGCAGAUCUGAACCUGGAUUUUAAAACAGCCGCCUCUAAGUAGGUGUGGGGGGUCAAUCUACCGUUCGCUAGCUUUCACCUGUGGCUGGGGGGGGGGGAGUUAUCAAAUUUACAAUUGAAUAUUACAAACACAAGAGCUGAUUUCUAACGGACGAGAUUAUUCUAGAUGUAAAAACAACAUUGUUUCAUGCCAUCCCAGCUUGGAAUCGCAAACUCCAGUUGAGUCCAAAAUUGAAACCUCACGGAGAUUUUAAUCUUUUUUAUUUUUUUUGGACCUAGAGAGGGAAGGAAGCCUACCUUAGUUUGGAGAAAAUAUUAAAGAGGGAGAUAAACACAGAGACACACACACCACACACGGUAUGUGGGCAAGCUGGUACUUUCGGCAGGGGGAUCCCCAAGGCCUACAAGUAGGAAGGGGGUCGGAGAGGCACGUUUUUCUGGAGUCUGCGCUGAUUUGGGGGCUGCCUGCCCAUCUGACUUUCUCAUCUGGCGGUCGGGAUAUUGCCUCUGGUUCACCUCCAGGACCGGUGGUGUUGCGGUCCAUGUCAGCUCCCGGGAGAAGUGCGCAGCUGAGGGGCAGGGGGCGUCGGAGCCCCUCUCCCACAGCUGCUUCCGGAAGUUUCUGUGGCCAGAGCCCCCAACCUCAGCUCAGCCCCCACGAGGAGUCCGAAGUGGCGGGAAGCCGAGACUUGAGAGGCCGCCCCGACGCGAGGGCGGCGGGAAAACCUGGCGGAGGAUCCGGAGCGUCCGGCAGUGCCCGGCUCAGCGUUCGGGAAGUAGGGGCCAUGGGUCGCAGGUUUGCCUGCAAUGAGAUUUUACUCUCUACACUUAAAGAACAUUCUUUCUGAGCUGCUGUGAAUAAAUUUGGAAUGAUACUGUCUAUUUUCAACUAAUGGAGAAUUAGCUGUGUCUUUACAAGGGUUGCUGUACUGGACAACUUCAGAACAUCCCUCAUAAUGUCAUCAAACAGGAGUCAGAAUCCCCAUGGACUGAAGCAGAUCGGGCUUGACCAGAUCUGGGAUGACCUCAGAGCUGGGAUUCAGCAAGUGUACACCAGACAAAGCAUGGCGAAGUCCAGAUACAUGGAGCUCUACACUCAUGUCUAUAACUACUGCACUAGUGUGCAUCAGUCCAACCAAGCGCGGGGAGCUGGAGUCCCUCCUUCCAAGUCAAAAAAGGGGCAGACUCCUGGGGGAGCCCAGUUUGUUGGCUUGGAGUUAUACAAGCGAUUGAAGGAGUUUUUGAAGAAUUACUUGACAAAUCUUCUCAAGGAUGGAGAAGAUCUAAUGGAUGAGAGUGUACUGAAGUUCUACACUCAGCAGUGGGAAGAUUACCGAUUCUCCAGCAAAGUGCUGAAUGGAAUCUGUGCCUACCUCAAUAGACAUUGGGUUCGCCGCGAAUGUGAUGAAGGACGAAAAGGAAUAUAUGAAAUCUAUUCACUUGCAUUGGUGACAUGGAGAGAUUGUUUGUUCAGGCCAUUGAAUAAACAGGUAACAAAUGCUGUUUUAAAACUGAUUGAAAAGGAAAGAAAUGGAGAAACGAUCAAUACAAGACUAAUUAGUGGAGUUGUACAAUCUUAUGUGGAAUUGGGACUGAAUGAAGAUGACGCAUUUGCAAAGGGCCCUACGUUAACAGUGUAUAAAGAAUCCUUUGAAUCUCAAUUUUUGGCUGACACAGAGAGAUUUUAUACCAGAGAAAGUACUGAAUUCUUGCAGCAGAACCCAGUAACUGAAUAUAUGAAAAAGGCUGAGGCUCGUUUGCUUGAGGAACAGCGGAGAGUGCAAGUUUACCUCCAUGAAAGCACGCAAGAUGAGUUAGCACGGAAAUGUGAGCAGGUCCUCAUCGAAAAACACUUGGAAAUCUUCCACACAGAGUUCCAGAAUUUGUUGGAUGCUGACAAGAAUGAAGAUUUGGGCCGCAUGUAUAAUCUUGUAUCUAGAAUUCAGGAUGGCCUAGGAGAAUUGAAAAAACUUCUAGAGACACAUAUUCAUAAUCAGGGUCUUGCAGCAAUUGAGAAGUGUGGAGAAGCUGCUUUAAAUGACCCAAAGAUGUAUGUGCAGACCGUUCUGGAUGUUCAUAAGAAAUACAAUGCCCUGGUGAUGUCAGCAUUCAACAAUGACGCUGGCUUCGUGGCUGCACUUGAUAAGGCUUGCGGUCGCUUCAUAAACAACAAUGCGGUUACCAAAAUGGCCCAGUCAUCUAGUAAAUCUCCUGAGCUGCUUGCUCGGUACUGUGACUCCUUGUUGAAGAAAAGUUCCAAGAACCCAGAAGAGGCAGAACUAGAAGACACCCUCAAUCAAGUGAUGGUGGUCUUCAAGUACAUCGAGGACAAAGAUGUGUUUCAGAAGUUCUAUGCAAAGAUGCUUGCCAAGAGACUGGUGCAUCAGAACAGUGCUAGUGAUGAUGCUGAAGCAAGCAUGAUCUCCAAGUUAAAGCAAGCUUGUGGUUUUGAGUACACCUCCAAACUUCAGCGAAUGUUUCAAGACAUUGGUGUAAGCAAAGAUCUGAAUGAGCAGUUCAAAAAGCACCUAACGAAUUCAGAACCACUGGACUUGGACUUCAGCAUUCAGGUCCUCAGUUCCGGGUCGUGGCCCUUUCAGCAGUCUUGCACAUUUGCCUUGCCGUCAGAGUUGGAGCGCAGUUAUCAGCGAUUUACAGCUUUCUACGCCAGCCGUCACAGCGGCAGAAAACUGACAUGGUUGUAUCAACUAUCCAAAGGGGAACUAGUCACCAAUUGCUUCAAAAACAGAUACACUUUGCAGGCAUCCACAUUCCAGAUGGCGAUCCUGCUGCAGUACAACACAGAAGACGCCUACACCGUGCAGCAGCUGACGGACAGCACUCAGAUUAAAAUGGACAUUUUGGCACAAGUCCUACAGAUUUUACUGAAGUCAAAGUUGCUGGUCUUGGAAGAUGAAAAUGCAAAUGUUGAUGAGGUGGAAUUGAAGCCAGACACCCUAAUAAAGUUAUACCUUGGUUAUAAAAAUAAGAAAUUAAGGGUUAAUAUCAAUGUACCAAUGAAAACGGAACAGAAGCAGGAACAAGAAACCACACACAAAAAUAUAGAGGAAGACCGCAAACUCCUGAUUCAGGCGGCCAUCGUGAGAAUCAUGAAAAUGAGGAAGGUCCUGAAACACCAGCAGUUACUUGGUGAAGUCCUCACUCAGCUCUCCUCCAGGUUCAAACCUCGGGUCCCAGUGAUCAAGAAAUGCAUUGAUAUUCUCAUCGAAAAGGAGUAUUUGGAGCGAGUCGAUGGUGAGAAGGACACCUACAGUUACUUGGCCUAACCCUUCUAAAAGGGUCUGCGACCCACAGCAUAUAGUUCCAGUGACUAGAAUGGAAACAACUCAAGUUCAUAGCAGCCAGCCUGCCGCCAUUUGGACCUCCCUUUUUAAAGCUGAGACCACGGUUCCCACCAGCUGGUCUCAGGCUACAGCCGGACUGCUCAGGACUGACACAUUUCAGUCUAAACAGACGCCAACGCCAUUUUCCCUAACUUACGGACAGAGGGGAACCGAACCUCCCAUGCUGAGGCUGCAUGCUACUGCACUUCAAUCAGUACAUUGGCUCCCUGGCUAAUGCUGCCAUCCGAGGCAGCACAUGAGAGCGAGUCUGAAUGGACCCACGUGUAAUCUGCUAUGGAAACCAUUUGUAUAGUGUGUUUCAUUUUUUAAUGUGUGAAAAUAAAGAAAAUUAAAGGAUUUCUGUACAAGUUG